AUGUCUUUAUCCAGAAGAGAUGUAGAUGAACUGAAGCCCUCUCUAGACAAGUUAGUUUACAAAGCCCUAGGUAGUAGUGACUCUUCAGUCACAAGGACUGCUGCUGACUGCAUAAGCAGUGGUUAUGACAGGAAAAAGAUAGCUGACAAAUUAGGGGUGUAUUUGGAUAGUAAGAAAGCUAGUCGACUAGCCGAAAAAAUUACAGAUUUGGUAGAAGAUUACAGAAGUUCCCAUCGAUCUUCUAAAAAAAGAACUCAUGAAGAUGAACGAGAAAGAGAUAAGAAUUCCAAACGUUCCAAAAAUGAGUCCAGGUUUGAUAAAGAACCUGAUAAAACUAAGCCCAAACUUAGUGAAUUCGAAAAGAAAACACUGGAAAAUGCUAAUAACAAGAAUGUCAGUAUAGCAAACUUGAACAUUCCUACUCCAAGUAUAUAUGGAAUACCUAUGGGGCUUUUGAACAAAGGGGAUGCUGAUAAAGCUAGGAAAAUAGCUCAGCUGCAAGCCCAAAUUAAAAACAAACUGUCAACUGGAAUUUUGGGAAAUGUAAUCCAAAUGCCUAUACUAGCAAACAAACCUGCCCCACUCAUUCUUGAUGAAGAAGGCAGAACUGUAGAUAAAACGGGCAAGGCCAUCCAGCUGACGCAGGUGGCGCCCACGCUGAAGGCGAACCUGCGCGCCCUCAAGCGCGAGCAGUUCAAGGGCGCAGGCGCGGAAAGGCAGAGCGAGGAGAGCGGCGAGCUGCGAUUCGUCGAUCCGCGCAUCGGGGUGAAGCCGGCGUUGCGCACCAGACGGGCGCUGCGCUUCCACGAGCCGGGCAAGUUCCAGCAGCUGGCCGAGAGGCUGCGGAUGAAGGCUCAACUCGAGAAGCUUCAAAACGAGAUUUCUCAAAUAGCGAAAAAGACGGGCAUAUCCUCAGCUACGAAAUUAGCGCUCAUCGCCAAAACCGAAGGACACAGCGAUGAAAUCCCGCACAUGGAAUGGUGGGACUCGGUCAUAUUGGUGGAUAAUUUGGAUACCAUGAUCGAUGAAAAGAUAGCGAUAAAGGAAAGCUCUAUCAAUACAUUAGUGGAGCAUCCCACUCAAAUGAGGUGUCCAACCGACCCGAUCAAAGCCGUGUACAUGCCGGUGUUCCUCACGCAAAAGGAGCGCAAGAAGCUGCGCAGGCAGAACAGACGCGAGGCGUGGAAGGAGGAGCAGGAGAAGAUCCGGCUGGGGCUGGAACCGCCCCCGGAGCCGAAACUGCGCAUCUCCAAUCUGAUGCGGGCGCUGGGCACUGAGGCCGUGCAGGAUCCGACCAAGGUUGAGGCGCACGUCAGAGAGCAGAUGGCCAAGAGACAACGGGCGCACGAAGAGGCGAACGCUUCCAGGAAGUUAACGGCGGAUCAGAAGCGGGAUAAGAAGAUCAAGAAAUUGAAGGAGGACACUACGUUGGGUGCACAUGUUGCUGUCUACAGAAUCAGAGAUUUGCACGAAUUAGCUUCGAAAAAAUUCAAGAUCGAGACGAACGCCAAACAACUUUUCAUGACGGGCUGUGUGGUUUUGUAUCCAGACUGUUGCGUCGUCGUUGUAGAGGGAGGGCCAAAACAGCAAAAAAAAUACAAGAGGUUGAUGUUGCAACGCAUCAAAUGGGAGGAGGACACGGUCCGCGACCCAGACGGCCUCCAAGUGCCCAACAAGUGCGUGCUGGUGUGGGAGGGUACUUCGAAGCAACGGCACUUCGGCGAGGUGAAGUUCAAGGUGUGCCCCACGGAGCGGCUCGCCAGGGAGCACUUCAAGAAGCACAAGGCGGAGCAUUAUUGGGAUUUGGCGUACAGCGGGGCGGUUUUAGAGCAGGCCAACGAUACUGUCGAGUAGUU